AAAAUAAUAAUGAAGUCUAAGUUUGGCCUUGAUUUCAUACAGUGUUUAAAAAUAUAUAAAUGUUACUGUGUUCCGUACUUUAAGUAUAGCAGUUUACUCAUACAAUUUGAUGAAUGAUUUAAAUUUAGUCUGUAAUUAAACAUGCUAGGUGAUAAAGCUCUUGAUCUUAUAAAACAAAUGCAAAGAUGUGAUUACUUGAAUCCUAUCCAAGAUGAAGUGAUGAAGCAAGUAUUUGAAGAAAUGAAUGCUCUCUUUGAAGAAAACCAGAUAGAUGUAAAUGCAUCAAUCAAUGGUGAAGUGCAGUGCCAUGCAGCUGUUCAAUUACGCCAUGCUGUAUUAUUAAGAGAUAAGAGAUGCAUUUUAGCUUACUUGUACAAUAGACUGCAAAUGAUUAGAGAUAUAAGAUGGGGCUUUGGAGCAGUUUUACCAUCUGAUGUUCGUUCUUGCCUAUCGGAAGCAGAGGUAAAUUGGUUUACUUCUUACAAUCGUACAGUGGCUAAUUAUAUGACAAGUAUUGGAGGUGUAGGCAUAGAUUUAUUUUUGCAUUUGCAGCCACCGAAAUCUUUAUAUAUUCAGGUGAGAUGUCUGUGUGAUUAUGGAGAUUUUGAAACUAGUGAUGGAAACACUGUAGUAUUAACCAAAAAUAGUACACACUUUCUUCAGAGAACUGAUUGUGAAAAACUUAUCCAUCAAGGAAUUCUAGAGCAUAUUACUGUAUAAAAAUGAUACAGCCAACAUAAUUUGCUAUAUUUUUCUUUAAUAACAAUAUUCAAGUGUCAAUUAAAAUUAUUUUUUGAAAAUUCGGAAAAUAAAUUUUGCAUGUUCUCUUUUAGUCAUGUAUAUGGAAAAAAAGAAGGGAAGGAAGAGUACAACAUAAUUUCUUAGUUUUAUCUAUGAUUUUUUUUUAAUAUUUGUUUAUCCCAAGAAAUGUAAAACAGCUAAAUAUAAAACAUAAUAUAUUUUGUACUAAUGCCCAAUAUGGAUGAAAUACUAUGUGUGAUCUGUAAUUACAAAUAAAUAUUCAUUUUUCUUAAA